AUGUCAGAUCCACGUUCAUUAAUAGCAGAAGCAGAAAAACUUCUUAAACCUCAACUGGGAUUCUUUCUGUUUUUAUCAGGAUCUUCAGCAUCAAUGAGGAAAGAAGAAGCAACUGAUCUUUAUAUACAAGCUGCUAAUCAAUACAGAUUACAAAAGGAUUUUAAUCAAGCUGGUACUCAAUUUGUUAAAGCUUCUGAAAUUCAAGAUGAAUUAGGUAAUUUUAAUGAUUCUGCUAAUCAUUUAGUUGAAGCUUAUAAAUGUUUUAAAGGAACUUCUCCAACCGAUGCAAUUACCUCAUUAUCUAAAGCAAUUCAUAUAUUUUUAACUCAAAAUGGUCAAUUUAGAAGAGCAGCUAACUUUACAAUGGAUUUAACUGAACUUUAUGAAACUGUAAAUGAUGUUGAAAAUGCAAUUAAAAGUUAUGAACAAGCUGGUGAUUAUUUUACAACUGAUCAUGCUGAAGCAUUGGCUAAUAAAUCAUUUUUAAAAUGUGCUGAUUUAGCAGCUGGAAAUAACCAAUAUAAAAAAGCAAUUGAAUUAUAUGAUACUAUUAUUAAACAACUGAUUAAUAAUUCUUUAACAAGAUGGAGUUUAAAAGAUUAUUUCUUAAAAGUAAUAUUAUGUGUUUUAUGUACUGAUGAUAUUAUUGAAGCUCAAAAGAGAAAUGAAAAUUAUCUUGCUGAAGAUCCAAAUUGGGGUCAAUCAAGAGAAUAUAAAUUACUUGAAGGAAUUCUUAAAGCUAUUAAUGAUGGGGAUUUAGAAGCUUUCACUGAUACUGUAUUUGAAUAUGAUCAAUUUAGUAAGAUUGACAAAUUAAAGACACUGUUAUUAUUAACCAUUAAGAAUUCCGUAGUUGAUAAAGAUGAAGAUGAUUUAUUGUAG